AUGCCUCCCACGCCCGCGGCCCCGCUCGAGUUCGUGAGCGAGCCUCUCCUGGGGACUUACCCCACCUUGCCACAGGACAUGGCGCUCUCGCCCUAUGGCUCCUGGUACCCCGUGCCCGAGUUCUUGGGGGAGGUGCCACCGCAGUGGCAAGACUACAUCGCCAGACUAGAGGAGGAGAACCGCUACCUCCGCGGCAUGCUGCAGCAGUACCUCCCCCCGCCUGGGCUCCCGCAGGGACCGCCCUGCGAGCCGAAGCCGGGACCGCCGAUGUCGCCGAUGUCGCCGAGCGCUGCGCCGUUUUGCCCACCGUGGAGGUCAGAGAUUCCAGGAAGCUUGGGAUGCUUGAGUUCUGAGACGGGAGCAGUUGCUGCAGCCGCUGCAGCAGAAGCUUUGGCCUAG